AUUCUCAAUGUAAGAUCACGUUUAUAUUUAUCAAAUUAUAACGUCUUUUUAGAAUGUCAGUGACCAGAUUUCUACUGCUAUAGCCGUUUAUUAAAUACCGAUCUGAAUAUUAUUCGAUAUCAUUAUAACUGUAUCUAUUGACUAUAUCAGAUUUGAAUUCUAGACUUAGUUGUACACAUAUCCACUAAGCAGUCAUGAUGAAGUGUUACUUUGAAAAAGAAAAGGUCUGACAACUUCGUUAAUGUGAAACAAGUGUUUCAUUAACUUGAUAAAAUCCAUGUUUUGUAAUGAAUCUUUUGUUUGUUAUUUUAAAUUUAAUAAUUCGAUUUAUUUUAUUAUUUUUUUGUGAUUUAGUUAAAUGGUAAAGAGAAGCCUGUUGAUAUAUGGAUAAUUAAUCGUCUCUAUCAUGCAAUUGAACAAUGUGAAAAUGGUUUUGAAGCAUAUCAAUUACCAACUGUAACAACAGCCAUUUAUAAUUUCUGGUUAUACGAAUUUUGUGAUAUUUACAUUGAAUAUAUAAAACAAGAUUUUUUUGACACGAACAAUGAUAAUGAACGAAAAGAAACAGUGAAAAAUAUAUUAUAUACAUGUUUAGACAAUGGUUUACGUUUAUUAGCACCAAUCAUGCCAUUUUUAUCUGAAGAAUUAUAUCAACGAUUACCAAAACCGAAUAACACACAAAAUCCUCCUAGUUUAUGUGUUACACCGUAUCCACAAUCAAGUCAAUUUUUACCCUAUCGUGAUGAUGAUAUUGAAAAAAAUGUGUCGAGUAUUUAUGAAUGUAUUAAAGAAAUUCGAUCUUAUCGUGCUGCACAAAAUAUUAAAUCAAAAGAAAAAGAUAAUCUUUAUAUUAAAUUAAAAAAUUCUAGUUAUCGCUCAAUAUUUGAUAAAUAUAGCGAUCUUAUUCAACGUUUAGCUAAUAUUAAUCAUUUAAAUAUAAUUGAAAAGGAAAUAAAUAAUCUUUCAACUCAAAUAGUAUCGACAAAUGAUUAUGAUCUCUAUUUUAUUACCAACACCACCACUACUACAACAGAAAAGCUGGAUAAUGGCAAAAAUAGUGUUUCUACAAUUGUACAAGAGAAAAAUAAUACCAAGUGGAAAUUAUUUGGUACAUUGAACAAUCCACAAACGUUACGAGUUCUUGCUACAUGUUCGUAUAGUGAAUGUUUGUCAUCGAUUGAAUUUAUUCCUAUAACGUCGAACGAUCAGUUGUCCAGUACGCUUAAUAAAAUUCCUAAUGAUCAACAUUUAAUUACCUUACAAUUAUCGAAUGGCACAUGUUUGUUUGGAGCAAAUGCAAUCUCAUACUAUCUAUCGACUGAACAAUUACGUAGUAAUGGUGGAAACAGUUUUUCACAAAUAUAUCAGUGGUUGAACUAUUGUGAUUCUGAAAUAGAACCGUAUGUAAAACAGUGUGUAUUGAUGAAAUUGAAUUUUAUUGAACAAGAACAAUUUCCAGUACUACUGAAUGAGCUCAAUUUAAAAUUAAGCUAUCUGAAUAAUUAUUUAUUAAAUCGACAAUAUUUAGUUGAUCAAUCGAUAACUUUAGCGGAUAUUUCAUUAGUAUCGUGUCUCUAUUUAGCCUAUAGUUAUUUUCUGGUUAAUACUGAGAAAUAUGAAAAUUUAACCAGAUGGUAUAAAUCGUUUAUUAGUCAAAAACAAUUCAAGGAUAUUAUUACUGAAGACAGUCGAACGAAUGUCGCAUAA